AACUGAAACUAUGUUUGCUGAAAAUCCAUUCUUCACUCCCACCGAGUCCAAGUUGAAAUCGGAGAUCGCACUUCUUCAAAUGAAAUUGGAUGACGAACGAUUUGAUCAUCAGAAAACACGACGAGAGCUUGCCAAUUCUCGACUUGAGAUCUCUGAUCUGAAAGGGGAAGCGAAGUGCCAUGAUUCGGAACUCAAUCGUCUCUACACAAUAAUCAAUAAUUUGGAAAAGAAGGUUGAAGAUUUGAAUGGAGAACAUCAAAAGUCAUUGGAAAAAUUGAAAGAACGUCUUCAUGAAAAGGAUGCUUUUAUCGAGGCUUGUGAAGAAUUCUAUGAUGAGAAGAAGAUCAAUGUGAACAAAAUGACAUUGAUGAAACAAGAAAUGGAAUUGAAGAGAAUCAAAAAGAACUUUGAAGAAUACAAGGAAAGAAUGACUGAAGUUGAGAAAAAUUUGAACGAAUUUAUCAAAAGACAAUCGGCCAUUUGUAUGGGAGUGAGAUAUGAAUUGAAUAUGGAAAAGGAUUCGAGAGAGAGAUAUUUCAAAGAAGCUCAACAAUUGAAACAAGAGAAAGAUGUAUUGGUACAUGAAAUCAAUGAAAGAGAAGUCAGAAUUUUGUGUCUGAGAAGUGAUAUUCUUACAUUGAAAUCUGAAAACAACGACACCUCUAAGGAACUUGAUGAAAUGAAAAAUGGAACCAAAGCUUUGAAACAUGAACUUGAAGAGACCAAGAAAAUGAAAUCCGAAGCCUUGUCGAAAUAUGAAGAAUCUCAAAAAGAGUUCGAACAGUUCAACUUGAAGUUCCAAAGAUUGUGCACAAAGUUCUACGAGGAACGUGUCUCUUCUCAGACAACUUCACCUAAAAUGAAAGAACAUCUGGCAUCUGCUAAGAAACGAUUGUCUGCUAUCAAGGAAACACUCCAAAAUGAAGAAGAUUUUGAUGAAACCGGAGAAGUAACCAAUUAUCAAUAAUUUAAUAUCACCCAAUUACUUUUUCCGUGUUAAUUUUUCUUCUUUUAGCUACUAUCGCUUUUUUAGCAUUUUUUCGAUUUGAUACUAUUGCUUUUACUUUACCAUUUCCAUUGCACUUUUUCGUUUGUUGUAAUACGAAACAAUACGGCUUAAUUUUUCAACGCCUCGGCAUUCUUUCAAUCCAUCUUAAAAUGUUACUCUCUUAAUUAUUCAAUAAAUGUUUCAUU